AUGGCACCACCUGGUGGUGGUGGUGGUGGUGGUAGUGGUGCUGCCGGAGCAGGCACCGCGAAGGGGAAGACCGUGAAGGCUGGAACAGGGCACGAUUGUGAUGCAGACAGAGCACGGCCGCGGCGGAGUAACGCCGUGUAUGUGGUCACCCCACGUGAUGAUAAUGAAUGGAACAAGUGGAAGACAGUGUUGGAAAAUUUUAAGAAAUAUAUGGAUGAACACACAGACCUAGCGGCUGAGUAUGGCGCAAACUGUGAUAAUAGUGGUUGGGAUGAUGUAAAGGACCAGCGGCAUUAUUACAAGGGACAAACAGUAGCAGAUGUCGUACGGUGCAGAGUUAUGAGUGUUGCAUGGGCCUUCGCAAAUGGGUGGGCAACUACUGGCAGCGCUAACACGGACGGGGUGGUAAUGGAUGCAGACGAAGAGAAUAUGUUCAGGUGUGAAGUGGCAAAUAUAUUUGGACAUUUACUGAAGGCAAAGUAUUGUCCAGGGCAACGCGGAUUUAGGCGGGGUGUAGAAUAUUCUCGGAUAGCAUUCAUGAACAUGAACAGCCCUGGAACACCUGGAUUUGCAGCACUCGGGGGUCCUGUUAUCGACGGCAGGUGUACAGCAUGUGGGUACGGCGAGAAUCGAAGGUGGGCACACGCCAUAAAUUUGAAAGUAGUAGAGUGGCUACUGAAGGAAGGAGGAAUAUUGGGAGAAAUACAGGCAAUGGAAAAGGCAAUGCCGUGUGAGCAGAAUUGGAAGGAGUAUAUUAAGCGGCUGGACCCCGGGCAGAAACCUAUUAAGGGUGGGAACACGCAUUCCAACAGUAUCAAAGACCGUUUGAGCGAAGCAGGGAAGAAGAAGUUAGCAGAAGAGGAGACGCAGAUGGGAGCAGCAGUCACAAAGAUAAUUGAGAAAGUGCAGGAAUCACAGGAGGCUAUAGUGAAGGCAGCAAAGGAGGCGUAUGAGGAAGAGCACAAGAAAGCACAACAGGAAAUUGCGGACGAGAAGGAACAGAGCAAGCAGGCAGAUACGAUGGAUAACGCGAAGAAAACAGAGGGGACCAGUGAGAACAGGGAUAAGAAGCAGAACGACAAGGCAGAUCAGACACAGGGCUCAUCGCCAACACCUAUAGCACAAACACCAUCAACAUCAUCAGGAGGAGCCGGAAGGUCAGAUCCAUCAGGUGCGGCAACACCUACCUCACCUCAGUUGCCAUCAGUACCACAGUCCCCACCAGCAGGAACAGGACCGUCCUCCGAGGGGCAAGUACCAAAAGAAGUGACUGACACGACUACAAAGACGGAUUCCUCAGGUAAUACUGGUACGUGCACAACGGACGUUGAUGAGGACACUCCGGGAGGUGGCCACAUACCCAUUUCCUUCGGCCAAGGCUCUUCAUCCGGCUGCUCAGGAAGUAGUACCCUAGGUGAUAAGAAUGUACCGGACGUGAGUGCCCCAGAUCCCGGGUUACCUGCCGUUGCACGAGAACCCUCAGUUUCACAGAAUGAUCCUGCAGCGGAACAAAGUACGGACAGUAUAUCCAUAACAUCAACGGACGAUAGUACUACAGCGAGAACCAAUGAUGAAAACAGGGACAGUGCAAAUAAUGACGGGACCCAAGCAGGGACUCAAGAUAAUGAACACGGAGCCCAGAGUCCACGGGAUCCGGGUACGGACCACAGCACCCCUCCGGAUGUACAAAAAGAGGACGACUGGGGCACAUGGGAUGCUACUACUGAUUUCUGGGGAAUAGGACAAAUAUACUCAGAUCGUACAGGACGCACUGGUAAAGACGGGUCCCUGCCUGAUGGUACCGAGGAAUGUCGACAGAAUGAAGGGCAGACUAGUUGUUGGAAAACUUAUAAAAGUAAAUAUUGUCCCUCUGAAGGCAGUGGUAAAAAGUGCGAUCUGGAAAUAUCAUUUCCAUCAGGCCCUGGGCCAACUAAUCUUUCAGCAGGGUACGCACCACCAACCCCAGGAGAAACCGUAUCCGGCUCAUCGACUGACAACCGGGGUGAGAAGCCAGGUGACUACGCUGUUCCUGACUUAACCGCCGAUAUCCUUACCGCCACUACUCCCGUACUCUUCUUCCUGUCCGCCGUCACCGUCGCUCUUCUUGGUUAUUCCCUUUGGAAGGCGAGUACACUAGGCACAUCAUCGGGCAAUGGCACAAGCCAAUAUGGCACAGAUGUUGGAACUGCGGCUGCAAGUACAAUUGCAACGACCACCGUAACGUUGAGUGAUGUAAAGGAUAUAGGGAAACAGGGUCAACGUAAUAUUUACGACGGUCGUGCGACGGGUAGUCCCGUGAAGAAAACGUUGUUCGAUGACAUGCGUAGGAAGUUAAAAACCAAGGUGCACGUCAAGAAUCCAGGACCUGUAAAGAAGAAGCCACAGGGUGCAACAGCGCAGAACAAGCUGAAGGAAUGUUGUCAGAAAUUGAAACGUUGUAAAAUGGGGAGAAGAGCAUGGUCAAUACUUAUAGUAGUCGCCACAGUCUUGUAUCCAGCACUGUCGUCCUUGGUAGAAACAAGUGCGAUGGCAUUUGGUUGUGCACAAGAUGCCUGUGUAAGUAACUUCUUCACUGCGUCACUUCCCAUGCUGAUUCCGGUCAUCUAUUGCUGCGUGCUAGCAGCGUUUUUGUUCUCAAAAACAGCGAAAUGUUUAUUUGAUAAAUUUUGGAAGAAGGAGGAAGCUCCCACAGAAACGAAAAACAACGAAGGAGAAGUAAAUAAGAAACCGGAGACACCCGGGAAGCAGAAGGUACCUGAAAAACCAGAAGUACCUAACAAGCAGGAAGCAUGUGGGAUAUUAGAGGUACCUAAUAAACCGGAGACACCCGGGAAAUCAGAUGUACCUCAGAAACAGGAAACACCUAAGAAACCGGAAACACCUAAGAAACCGGAAACACCUAAGAAACAGGAAGCACCCGCAGAAACGAAAAACAACGAAGGAGAAGUAAAUAAGAAACAGGAAGCACUUAAAUAG